AUGUCUCACAGAAAGUUUGAGCAUCCAAGACAUGGUUCCUUGGGUUUCCUUCCAAGGAAAAGGGCAAGCAGACAUCGUGGCAAAGUGAAGGCUUUCCCCAAGGAUGAUCCCACCAAGCCUUGCAGAUUCACUUCCUUCUUGGGAUACAAAGCUGGGAUGACUCACAUUGUGAGAGAAGUUGAAAAACCUGGGUCAAAGCUCCACAAGAAGGAAACAUGUGAAGCUGUAACUGUGAUUGAGACACCUCCAAUGGUGGUGGUUGGUGUGGUUGGGUAUGUGAAGACACCCCGAGGUCUGCGCACUCUAAGCACCGUGUGGGCUCAGCAUUUGAGUGAAGAAGUAAGGAGGAGGUUCUACAAGAACUGGAGCAAGUCAAAGAAGAAAGCUUUCACCAAAUACUCUAAGAAACUUGGAACCGAAGAAGGUAAAAAGGAUAUCCAAAGUCAGUUGGAGAAGAUGAAGAAGUACUGUACUGUCAUCCGAGUUCUUGCACACACUCAGAUAAGGACAAUGAAAGGGCUGAAGCAGAAGAAGGCUCAUCUGAAUGAGAUUCAGAUCAAUGGUGGAGAUAUAGCUAAGAAGGUUGACUAUGCCUACAGUUUUUUUGAGAAGCAAGUCCCUGUAGAUGCUGUCUUCUCAAAAGAUGAGAUGAUUGAUAUAAUCGGUGUUACCAAAGGAAAAGGUUAUGAAGGUGUGGUAACAAGAUGGGGUGUGACCCGUCUUCCAAGAAAGACCCAUCGUGGGCUCCGCAAGGUGGCUUGUAUUGGUGCUUGGCAUCCAGCUAGAGUCUCCUACACAGUGGCUAGAGCUGGGCAAAAUGGAUACCACCACCGUACUGAGUUGAACAAGAAAGUUUACCGGAUUGGAAAAGUUGGCCAAGAGACCCACUCAGCCAUGACUGAAUAUGACAGAACCGAGAAGAACAUCACACCGAUGGGAGGAUUCCCACACUAUGGUGUAGUGAGCGAAGACUAUUUGCUGAUUAAGGGAUGUUGUGUUGGGCCAAAGAAGCGGGUGGUGACUCUGAGACAGACAUUGCUGAAGCAGACAUCGAGGGUUGCUAUGGAGGAGAUCAAGCUCAAGUUCAUUGAUGUUUCUUCCAACUUUGGACAUGGUCGUUUCCAGACUUCUCUGGAGAAGGACAAGUUCUAUGGCAGAGCCAAAGCUUAG